AUGGAUACUCCUAACAAACAAGAUCUUCGCAACCACAUGAAGCUAUUAUUGGCAAGCAUUCCUUCGAGUGUGAGAUUGAAGAAUUCCGAGCUCCUCCUACAGUUGGUGCUGGCGCAUGAGUUCUACAAAACCGCUAAAGGUGUCUCUAUAUACGUGAGUUUCUCCACCGAGCCGGACACGAGCACGCUAAUUCGAGACGCUCUGAGGAGGGGCAAAGUUGUGGUCGUGCCGCAGAUCAUUACGGAGACGCAGGGACGCGGUUAUGAAUUGAGCACUCGCCUGGGCCUUAUGCGCAUGCGACGAUUGCACGAUGCGGACCAACUUCUUUCCUGGCCCCUCAACAAAUUCGGUGUCCGAGAGCCUCCUCAGCCUUCGGACGGCGUCGAUCAAGACGAUGCUCUCACGCACUCCGUGGACCUGUUCGUUGUGCCUGGUCUGGCGUUUACAAUGAAAGGUGAGCGGUUGGGACGUGGAAAAGGCUUCUACGAUCAGUACCUAGCCGGAUUGCGUAAGUUCUACCUAGAGACCCAUCCUAAUCGACUACUACCCCGCACUAUAGCCUUGGCAUUCUCUGAACAGAUUGUGGAUAGAAUUUACACAGACCAACAUGACAUUCGUUACAAACAUAUAUUGGAUUUAUCUGAUGAUGACAAAAAUAGACUUUCAAUGCUUUCUGCGGGGUUCAAAACAGCUACUGAUACCGAUGAUCCUCUCCUUCUCAAGAGGACUUUAUCUAAUCAUAUUUCCAAAAACCUAAGUUCAAUGGUGAUGUUGAGGGUUCCUACUAUCCCACUGCCUAGUCGUGAGGAGAUUUACGUCCAUAGAUUCAUGGACGGCUGUACAUUUAAAACCCUCAUUAGCUCUGUUGGUGGACUUGUGUUGGGUGGUGUGUUCGGAUUGUUUACUGCGAGUAUUGAUCCGUUAAGUACUGUCACUGGGACAGAGACAGUGUCUGUCAAAACUGUUGCAAAGGAAAUGUAUGCUCGCGCUAUAUCUCAUGGGAAAAACUUUGCAGUCAUAGGCGCUCUUUUCGCCGGUACCGAAUGUGGAUUGGAGAGUUACCGAGGACGGUCUGACUUGUUCAAUAGUACGGUUACGGGAGCCCUCGUCGGUGGGUCGAUUGGCUUGCGGGCCGGCUUGAAGGCAGGGGCAGCUGGCGCUGUGGGAUUUGCUUGUUUCUCUACUAUUGUCGAUUAUUACUUCAGGCAUAAUAUGUGA